UCCUUGCGCGGGCGCGCGUUGAUGAGCGAAGAAGGCGAAGGCGAAGGCGUAGGAACGGACAGGGAGGCUGAUGGCUGCGGCGGCGCGUUGGGAGGUGGUGCGGAAGCCUUCGCGCAGGGGAGCGAGCAGUGGAGGUGGCGGCUCUAUGGGACGAAAGGCACUUGGAGACGCCAACGGAGGACGCGGUCUGGCCUCGUCCAUUCCUCUUGCUACUUCAGAAACUCUCUUUGAACUUGGCUUUGAGAAAACAACAAAGAAGCAGAAUAAAGAACAGGUGCCUCCACCACCUGGACGCCAGCAGCAGAAAAAGCAAAACUCUGGAAAAAAUUCUAAGAAAGGGACAGCUGGAGACAGUGGACAAACCAAGCAAAUCAAAAACCGGACUCUGGAGGAUGCACUGAAAGCACUGGAUUUAUCAGAACUCCAGAGAGAACUUGAUAAAAGCUUGAAUUUGUUCCCAGAGAACCCUUCGGUGUGGGUGAAAGAUUUAGCUGGAUAUUUGAACUACAAGUUGCAGGCCACGAAGAGUGAGCCCACCCUCAGUCAGCACCCUCAUGACUAUCCCUACUGCCUGGUGAAUAAAGAACUAAGGAGCAUUAUCAAGUCCCUCCUGUUGAAAGCUGGAGGUGUCCUGGAGCUUUUCUUUGACCAUUGUAUUUACACAAUGUUGCAAGAGUUGGACAAAACUCCUGGGGAGUCACUGCACAGCUACAGGAUCUGCAUACAGGCUAUAUUACUGGACAAACCUAAAGUUGCUACAGCAAACUUGAGCAAGUAUCUUGAGCUGUUGAGAUCCCACCAGAAUCAACCAGCCAAAUGUCUGACCAUAAUGUGGGCCUUGGGGCAAGCUGGUUUUGCUGACCUUACAGAAGGGCUUAAAGUGUGGCUUGGCAUCAUGCUUCCGGUUCUGGGCAUCAAAUCUCUCUCUCCAUAUGCCAUCAGUUACUUGGAUCGGCUGCUGAUGAUACAUCCUAAUUUGACAAAAGGGUUUGGGAUGAUAGGGCCUAAAGACUUCUUCCCUCUUUUGGAUUUUGCAUUCAUGCCCAACAACUCUUUAUCCUCCAGUCUGCAGGAACAGCUCCGGCAAUUGUAUCCCCGCCUGAAAGUGUUGGCCUUUGGCGCUAAUCCUGAAACUUCCCUGCACACUUAUUUCCCUUCCUUCCUCUCCAGGACCACCCCCAGCUGUCCCAGUGACAUGAAGAAAGAGCUCCUGAACUGUUUGACCGAGUGCCUCAAUCUUGAUCCUCUCAGUUUCAGUGUGUGGAGGCAAUUAUACAUCAAACACCUCCCACAGUCAAGCUUGCUCCUGAAUCACUUCUUGGAGACCUGGGGCAACACUACCAAAAAGGUGCGAAAAUCUUUACAGGGAACAGUUCAUUCAUUCAGUGUCACAAAUGAAGAGCUGGCUAUGAAAGGACCAAACAAUGUUCAGGACGUAGCAGCUUGUAGAACUGCCUGCGAGAACCUGCUGCUGAAGAUGAAAGCCAGUGGGUUUCCUUGGCCACGGCUGAUUUUAAUCCUCCUUAUAUUUACUGCUGGAUUUCUAAUAUAUGAUAUCAAGACUCAUGGCUCCUUCCAAGCUUCUGCCUCUGCACAUGUCCUUCGAUCUUCUGGCAUCCUGUCUGUAUCUGAGCAAGCCUGGAACAAAGUUUCCCAUUUCUCUGUAAAAGGAUACAGCUGGCUAGAAGCAAAUAUACCAGUUUACUACUCUCAAGUGGCAACAGUUCUCGGACCCAAUUUGGAGCUGGCCUGGACCAAGACAAAUGAAACUGCUAUCUAUAUCUCUGGGAAGUGCUCUGCUCAUUUAGCCUGGCUCAGCAACCAUCUCCUUAGGCUCAGUGAAUGGCUUCAGACACAGUUGCCAGAUUCUGUGCUAUAUGCUGUUCAAUACCUCAGAGAAUUACUGCUGUUCCUCAUGCGAAACUGCUUUCUGCCUGUUGUGGACUAUAUUGCUGUGUCAUUGGACGGAGCCUGGAAAAUGUGGUUAGCUUUCUGCAAUGGCGAAGGGUCCUGGACCUGCUUGAAAAUGCAUCUAACCAACCUCAUCCAUAGAAGAACCUGUAUGGACGUCCUGUGUUGA